CUGACUGACUGACUUCCUUUCUUCCAACACUGCUUUUCCUCUUUUUAUGUCUAUUUCUCUUUGUUCGCAGCAUUCGCACUCUUGUUGGUUCUUCGUCGUUUGGGUGCCGGUGGCUCCAAUAGCGCCGGAGAACACCCGCAGUUGAGCGCCAUUCGUGCCAGAAUUUCAUUUUGCGCCUUUAGAUCCAACUCUUCUUGUUCCAAUCUGGUGAGCAGCUUCAUCAUAGCCUCGCAUUCUCGUUGCAGCCGAACAACCGUGGGCUCUUCGCCGUCGUCGUCGUCUUGAUGAUGCUCCAUGGUGGUUGUUGUUGUUGUUGUUGGAAUUGUGGGCAGCGUUUUUUGUAUUAAAGGCGCACACUGGAUCCAUUUACUUCGGUAGGGCUAAGGUGAAUGGACCGUUGAGUCAACGAAAGACGAUUGAUUGGAUGAUGCCACCAAAGCCGCGAAGCAGUCGAAGAAUUGGCGACAAGAAAGACAAGACCUUGGAGUCUUUGCGAUGGUGUUGACUCUUUGGGGUUAGUUGUCAGCAAUAUCACGACCACCACCACCAAAAGAGCAAGCGAAACCGUUGUGUGUGUGAAGGAAUUCAACUCAAUUCAUCCUUGCUGUAGCUAGCUAGCAAGUAGCUGGCGUAACCAAAACAGGCGGGGUCAGGGACUUGCGAAAGAAAGAAAGACUUGAUUGAAUCAGUCAGUCAGGACAAAAUGACGGAAACCGCCAAGAAUCCAAGGUCCGAUAGUGCUUCAGAGGAUGAUCAAAAGGAAGACAAGACGGCGUUACAGACCGCCACAAGCUUGUACCAUGACUACUGUACCAAGGCAACGCUCGACAAGAUCAAAAUCCCGUCGGCCGUGGCGAUGGUGGCCAUUGUCGUGACGGGCCAGACGCGACUGUUUGUGAUGCAUUUUUUGUAUCCCAUUUACUGGUUGAUUCUGCGUGUCAUUGCCAUGGCGUUGGGUGUCGCAUUGGGAUUGGGAUUUGCGACGCAUGUCUACGAUCAAUUGGAUGCCUUGCAACGGCACACGUCCAAAAAUGGUGAUCGCGACGGUGACAGCCCCAGUAGUGUAUCUCGCAAACAAGAAACCAAAGCCUUGCUCAUGGAACAUUUGCGAGGGAGUAGUACGACGGGGUUUUCGUCUGGCCGGCAGUUUACCAAACAAGGACCUUCCGCUCCUAGCAGCAAUAAGGCAUUGGAUCACGUCAUGUUUGACAAUGGCUAUGCCGCUCUCAUGGCCAGUGCCGGAUAUGACAUUGAUCCAGAAUACAAACGAGGAAGAGUCGUCAGCAAAUUAAAGGCGCCACAAUAUCCGUUUACGGAUGUCCCGCUCGACAGACAAUACGCCAUGCAAGUCUUUUCCGAAGAAUGGCCCACACUGCCGGCACCCAUUGUCAAGGAAAUUAGUCGAUUCAUGGAAUUCCUCAUGAGAGAUUAUGUCUCUACUUGGUAUUCACUCAUUGACGCGGGUGUUCCCUAUCCGCAAGUCGUUCAGAAUGAAAAAGACCGGCAAGAAGCAGAAGCACGAGGAGAAACAUGGGAACCAUCACCACCACUGCAAAACACGCCAACACCACAUUUCUUUGCCAAAUGGAUGAUCUACAGUACGGCAUCCAAUCGACCCUUGCCCGUCAUGGAACACAUUUAUAGAUCCGUCUCGAUUUGCUUUGGAAAUUUGGCACAUCGAGUCGGAGAUGUCAAUGUCUUUCGACUGGUACUACUCAAAUGGGUCAAGGUCAUUGCACAUACAUUCAAAGUGUAUCGACAAUUGCGCAAAACGUUAGUGGAUAAGAAACGACAAGAAGAGAAUGGAGGCAACAACAAUAAAAGUCUCGUCGACGAUGUCCGGGGCAGUGUGGGACGAGCCGUCCGACGAACCGUCAAGGUGGUCAAGAGUACGACCACGGCGGCUUCUUCUUCCAUGUUGUUUGACUCGGACGAUACUACCAUGAUGGACACUGCGAGCAGUAAUGGUGCAGCAUCAGAAGACUUUGACAACAACAAUGACGAGUCGUUUUCGGAACAACCGUCCGAGUAUCAACCCGUCAGUGAAAUGGCCAUUACACGAGAAUUCCUAUUUACGGGAAAACUACAUCCCGCCGUUACCUUUGGAUUGGAAAUUCCGUCCCUCUUGUUUUCCGAUCCCAAAGGACAAGAUUGUGGAACUGGUGUUGGUGACAAUGACAAUAAUAGUGGUGAAGACAACAACAAUACUACUGAAAACAACAACAACAACAACAGAAAGGACGAAGACCAAGUGUUGGAAGAACGAUUGUUUUCAACCGACAUUUUGAACGAGUGCGAAUUGGAUUACAAUCGGGUCAUUGCUUCGAGAAUUGUCAAGUUUUUGAUUCCGAGACAAGACUAUGGAUCACCCAUUGUCGCAUCCCUGCUCACGGAAAUCUUGGGUGGCGCCGUCCUGGCUCCCACCAUGUCUUGCUUUUCACCCGACUAUCUCAACUAUUGGGUGCAAUUGCUCAUUACCAUGGAGAGCAGCAGCAGCGACACUGCGGCAGAAGAAGAAGAAUCAGCAGCGGCUCUCAACCGAGCAUCCGCCGCUUCCAAUGCAUCGACACCAGUCAACGCAGCCGGUCAACCAAUCCUGCGAACAUGGGGAGAUGAAGAUGACGACGAGGAACGACCCAAUCGCGGUCCCAAUAAUUUGACGCGAGGGGUGAGUGAAAUGGUAUUAGACGACAUUUGUUAUGACAAUACAGAAGGCGAGGAGAUGGGAGAUUUGAUGGAUUUGAGCGCCAAAAAUGCCGUGGAUUACUCGGAAUUGAACAAGGAGGCUGCCGAGGAUUUAUUGGGGACAGGCAGCGAUCUGCAACAAGAGGAGGAGAGUGGUGCUGGUGGAGAAAAUGAACAAGCCCCGGAUUCGGCGGGUGACGACGAUGAUGAUGAAAUGGAAGACGAUGACGAAGAUAUCAUCAUGGAAGAAACUAGCAACAUGGCAGGAGUCUAUUCGAUGAUUGCAUUGCUUGCCGAGGCUCUGAUGAACUUGCAGCGGCAGGUUGAUUUUGACGAAUGCCGUCGUAAUAGCAAGGGUGGCAGUGGCGUGGAAGUGGACUGGGACAAUCCAAGCUGCAAAAAGAGUGUCUUGCGUCUGGUGCUCGUCGUCGAAGCGCUUGUCCUCCACGGACGCCGCAAAACGACUCUUUCAGUAGUGCCCCCGGGCGGCAAACCAGAAGAUGCCACAGUGCCCAAUUUUACACAGGUGAUGAUGGAUCUCACCAGUGAUAUUGAGGGAUUUGAAAAGUCACAUGUGUUGGCGGAAGAGAACCUGGACGCGCCCUACGAUGAAGAUGUCUCGGAAGGCGACGAUGGAAGCGAUGUGGACACAAACGAAGAUUACGAGCCAACAACCAGCGAUUUGUCCACGUUGAGAACUCUCAUUGCUGCUUGGUUGCACACUGGCCAGAUACAUCAAACUGUGUCCAUAUUUGUAAAGGCCAAAACAACGGUAUUGCGACCAUUCUAUCAUAGCCGCGCCUUUCUGAGGAAUCCUCAAACAUCAUCUGCCUUUACACGACAACUCAGAGCUUUGGAUGGAGUAGAUGUGAUGGUCGACACGGUUGCGAUUCUGAACAGCCCGAGAAUCGAUCCCACCGAAGAGGCGCAGCUGUCUCAAGAGAAGGAAGAACAAGAAGAACAAACCGAACCCCCCAACGUGAUCGCGGAGAGAACUAGCAAAUCAGUGGAAAACGGUGGUGGAGCGGGUGGAACGCCAAGAAAGAAGAUGGGAUUUAAAAAGCUACUGGACAAGGGGAUGCAAAAUCUGAAUGAUAAGAAGAAAGCCAUCGAAGAAAAAGUGGUCAGCCGCAAAGCGAGCAUUACGGGAAGUAAGAAGCUGCAGAGACCUCUGAGCUCCGAAAAUCUAAUGGCGAAUUCCGGAACAGCACCCGAGGGGUCAGGUGCUCAGGGAACGGUUGCUCGGCAUCCUCAAAGCAAUCGUGAGCUCUCGUCAUCGGUCACAUCUGCCAUGACAACCACAACAGCCGCUUCAGAUUAUUCUCAAAUUCAGCAGUCGCUGCCGACGGGAGGAACGCCACGCUAUCUUGAUCAUCAUCGCAAUGAAGCAUUCGCAUCCAGCUUGCGCUCAGAACGAGACAGGAGAAUGCAAUCGUGGAUAACAUCAAUUCAGAACGAUACUGAAAUGAUUCAAGUUGUUUGUCGCCAGAAGGAGCAAGGAGCAACGCCAGAAGACAUUGCAUUUCACCGUGAACUGCACCACGUCGCUCGCAUCUUCUAUGCUGGUACCAACUUGAUUGGGAUCCGAGAUGCGGCUAGAAGUGGUGCUGCCAAGCGAAAUCGGCUCAACACGGCCGAUUCGUCGCUAUCUGCUAGCAGCGACACACAGUCUCCAGAGGUUUCCCUUCUCACGGUAGAAAUGGCUUGCGCACGCCGACGAAUUGAGGUGCCUGACGACGACUCUUCGUUCCUUUUGCGUGCUCAGCCUCGGCAAUUGACAUCCAUGGGUGUUCACCGUGACACUCGUAACGCGGAUCAAAGCUAUCGUGGUUUCUCGGCUUCUUUUGAAGAACCAGCUGUCGUGCCAGGUACAAACCGGUACUCAGGAGGGCGCUACGUGCGACGAUGUCAGCUUCGAUAUUACCCGAGCAAUCGAAUGGCGUCAGUGGCCUUUCUGAACGACACUAGAAAGUUGGACCAGAGGAAGGGAAAGUCGCUUCUGCCUGAGAACCCUCGUGGGGGAAGACAGGGCGGCUCGGUCCCCUUCUUGUCUCCAGAAUUUUUGAGAGAAAGACAUCUUUGCCAGAAAUGGGUGCCAAGGGGAUCGACGUCAAGAUCACAGCCGGGCAUCAUGUCCAGCAACGUCAUGGAGCAGGCUGACUUUACCGCAGCUCCUCGGACUGGGAGAGCGCUUGAUUUUGUGUACAGAAUGUCACUCUUUGAGAGUCCAAUGAUAGAUCUUGGCGGCAAACGGUUCACGGCCCAUGAUGCUUCAUCCCAAGGGGCGCACCGAGCCGAUGCAAGCGCGCUUGAAAUGAGCGACGCUGCUUUGAGUGCGGCACUUCUCGUAAUCGGCCGUGACUACUCCAAUCAGCGAACAGACGAAGAUAGCACAGCUGGCGAGCGAAACAAAGUAGAACUUGGUCCAGAUGGCUAUCCUAUCAUUUGGAUGAAGUACUCGAGGAAACUGCAAGAUGGUACGACGAGCACAGAGAUUAAACCCUACCGCGUUUCAUUCAUUCGGGCGGCACUGUUGAUUACAUCGACACGACAAGAGGCACAACUACAGUGUCUCAUCAAGUGCGUCAAGGCGGGGUCAGCCAAGAGUGCAACCAAAGCCCGUACUGACGCUCAACUGAGACCAACGUUACGGUUGUUGGACUUUGCCCGGGAUCGAAGUCGAGAGAAACAGGAGAAGCUUCUACGAGACUUGAAGCUUGGGAUGAACCACAUUGAUAGAGAGCAGCUGAGACGGAAUGCACUCCUCAGUCCUCGAUUUCCCACUGUUAUCCGUAGCAUCCAAGUGUCCAUUGAGAAGGCCCUGCCUGCGAAGGACGCCAACAUCAGAAUACCCGGGAACCCCCAGAGCACGGUGUUCAAAAUCAGAUGCGUUGCCAUUGUUGAUCUUGUUACUGAAGACAUCCCCGCUGAGAUUUUGCAGCCUUAUUUGACGCAGGGAGGCAAGCCAGCUGUUACUUACAAGGAGACCUGGGUCGUGUACCGGCCUUUUCGGGACUUUCAAACCCUGCACAAGCACCUGAAGACUCAAGUGGCAGCAUCUGAAUCCUCGGGUACAGCUGGUUCGAGGUUGGUAGGUGCUGCCGCUGCAGCUUUUACCGCCGGAGCCGCCCCGCAAGGGAACCGCACUCGAUCGAGAAAUGCACUUAUCCCGUCGUUAGGACAAGCGAAUAAGGCCGGAGCUUUGGGAGUGACGCAACGAUCCAUCACGAAACGAAUGGAGAUCUUGGAUGGCUACUUGCACUAUCUUCUGUCGAGUGGCCACCACUUAAGCAGAUCGCCGGAAUUGCUGAUGUUCAUUGGGGCCUUCUAUCCAUUAUCACGUGAUGUUCUGGUUGGCAAGCUUCCAAUUUCGCCCUUGAAUGAUCCACUAGGUCGGGCGGAAAUGGCUCGUGAGGCGUUGAAGUUUGCAGCACCGUCUCCUCUCGCUUCGACUCCUAGCCGCACUGACAGUGGUCGAGACGAGUCGGGGGAAGAUGACGGUGAAGUAGAAACAAGCGCAAGUGGCGGCAACGACUCUCUGUUUGAUAUCAAUGAAGAUGCCAGCAGGGAUGCUAUGAAAUCGGAGAAGCUGGUCAUGACAGACCAAACCAUUGUCAACAAGAUUGACAAGGUUCCGCUGGGUCAGGUUCGAAGCAGAAUCUUUGAGCUUUUGAGCUACCAGUUCGGCUUCGAAAAUGCAUCUUUCUUCAGGAGUCAGAUGCUUUCAGCAUUGAAAACCAUGUCCUUCGCAGUCACAACUCCAGGUGAAUUCCGGAAGACUCUCUACAAGGCUCACACAUCAUAUGUUAGCGCCAAUGCAUUGGCCUAUUGGCUCAACUAUGGCACGGAGAUGCUGUGGCCAGAUGGAGUGUUUUAUAUCUCAGCUCCUGCACUGACGCCAGAACAACAAAAGAAAGGUGCUGAAGAAUCGAGGGAACUGCUCCACAGCAGCUUUCCAGAGCAACUGAGAACCGUGUUGGGGCAAGAUUUGACGAGAGAUGGGCUUGACAUACUUCAUGAAAUGCUGCAGAAUCGGCUAGUGAUGAAAAGCAUGUUCUACAUGUUGUUUGAUCUGGCUUGGGAAGAAAUCUUUCCCGAAAUGAAGGACAUCUUGCCUUGCGGCAGGGCCCUAGACAUUGACUUCGACAAGGAAGAAGAAUAGGUAGAGCUUGUAACUCGAAGGAAGAGACUGACGGAAUCAACAAAAGAGACGCAAUCGUUCAUUCUCCGUGUCGUAGACUUGAAGGCUGUCGUUUUGCAUCCCGAAAUGAAUGGUGCCGGGAACUUUAUAGAGUUCCACGGGGGGGGGGGAUGGCGAUGAUGGCAAACACUUUUUUAAAUGUACGGUAUUGCAUAGUGCCCACUUUCUUGUAUUGAGCAGACCAAAUUUGUUGGUCUUGAGGAGCAAGCUGCAACCACCAAUUAGUCAAUAACCCACUGAAGUCUGUUCCAACCGUCGAUGAUCUUGCAGACCACCUUCGAGUUCUAGUUAGAGAUCCAGCAACAUACUGGUACAAAACAGUACUGUAGGACUGAGAGCGCAGAGAGACACUUCUUACACAUGUUUAUUCUACUAGCUAGAGGGCUUUAUCUAUCAAUUUUAGGAACGAGAAGAAACGCCUGAAAGGAGCCAACUUCGUUAACGUGAAUCGAAUCCUCUGACAAAAGGCAGCAAAGGAAGAAGUGGUGAUAGAAGACAUGUUCGUUUCUGGUUUCCUCAACCUCAGAGGUGUAUGGUAGCUUCAUCCAGGUCGGAUGGGAUGGGACAGUUGACAGUACCUGGAUGCAAGAGCAAGAAAGCGGACUUGGAAAAGAAAAUACUCGUGCAAAGGUCGAACGAACAACCACAGAUUUGACGUGACGACGACAGUAACAACAUCCAACAUACAUGGCGCCUGUGGCCUGUUGGAAAACGUCAAGUUUCACCACCAAACUCCCAGGAUCACAUCGGUUUCCUCUCCCAUCGCUCGUGACACACAGCGUGAUUACACAUAAUGCAAAGUAAACAGGAAGUGCUCAUCAGUCCUGUCACAAUCAUCUACAACAACGGUAUCUCCUUUGUCAAUCUUUUGGCCUUUGUUUGUCAAACACAUGUUCUGGUAUCCUUUCCCUCGGAUGAUUGCAGGAGGCUCUGCUUUCCUGAACCUGAAUUCAUUGAUAUCAUCAUCACUGUCGCAAGGCCCCAUUUUUACUCUGGCGUAAUCCUUGUUUUCUGGUACCAUCAAGCAUUGAAGGGGAUCUUUGGCACUCUGAAACUGUCCAUCCUUGUUGAAACUCCACAGUUGAGACUUGGGCUGGUUACUGAAACGACAGGGCCUCAUCUCCACAAGAGCUCCCUUGCGCACGCCGUUGUUGGCAGUAAUGCACCAAUCCGCAUUGUCAAUGGUAGAGAAGAGAAAUCCAUAUUUGAUGUUUUUGUCCUCAUCUUCCGAUUCUUCAUCAUCUUCAUCUUCCGAUUCUUCAUCACCUUCAGAUUCUUUCUCCUCUUCAUCUUUAGAUUCUUUCUCCUCUUCAUCUUCAGAUUCCUUAUCUUUUUUAUUAUGUCCUCCUCCUCCGUCGCCCUUCUUGCUCUUGCUUUUCUCAGGGUUCUUGUCUUCGUCUUCGUCGUCUUUGUCGUUGCCAUUCAGAAGAAAGUAUCCAAUUUUCUUAAACUUUGCCUUCACAAAAACACCUCCUCCUACUGCUGCGACGGCAACGGCACCCAGUGCUAGAAUUUCGACUUGUCCAUCGGCACGGUCCAUCAUCAUUGCCGAGAGGAGAGCCACGAGCAACAUCAUUCGACCAGCAUAAAUGUUGGCCGGUGAUUUGCAUCGUCGACGACAACUCGAGGGGUAGAGCAUCAUUUUUUGUUGUUGUUUGUGUGUUGAAAGAAAGGCAAGGAAAUAAAUGAAAUGAGGUCUCUCACUUCAUCAUAUUGAUGAAAGAAAUGAAGCUUGGCCCAUGAGAAUCGCUAGCUUUGAUACUAGCGAUAAACUAGCCAAACCCCCUUCUGCAUACGUAUCCGCAGCAUUGCAAAGCAAUGGAUUGCUGUUCGUUGUUCGCUGAAAGAGUUCCGUGUUGGCAAACUGGCGGAGGUAGCGAGGAAAGACGAAAAGUGAGAAAAGGAAAAUGAUCGCCGUUUUUGAGUUUCUUAGGGUUCAGGCUCAUGGUUGUGACUACCAGAUCAGCCGUUUUAUUACGAUUGUCAACACCCCUUCCCGAAAUGCGACGACGCUCCGGAAACACUGACUAAUCUAUCUCUAGCCAGCUAAUCGUAUGAUAGCAUAAUGAGGAAUCACCAUUACUUAAUCUAGCAUACAGUCUAUCUAGUAGUGUACGAGGCCAUCUCGUCGUCGUCCUCCUGUUGCUGUCGUUGCUCUGACUCUUCUUGCGAGGUCCCAUGCUGUCCGGUUUGAGCCGCUUGGCGCUGUCGCCGAAGCUCUGCUUUUGUCAACCCAAGCAGAUUGGCCUCAACGGAAGUAGAACUGGAAGACUUCGACUCGUCGUUCAGCUCUUUGCUGUCGUCAAAAAGCUCCAACUGAAUGGCGUAGUGGGUAAUGCAUUGCUGGUAUCGCUUCGGAAUCAUCACCGAGUCCUUGCUUGAUAGCCCCCGUCGAAGAUGGUUGUGGGGAUGACCACCGGACAUUGAUGCAUUCGCAGAUCCUUGCUGUUCCGUGCUGCCAUGGUGGUGGUGAUGAUGAUGCUUUCGACGCUUGUUUUUGUGACUGUGCGGCUCCUGAUUUGUGUCAGUAACCACAGCGGAGUCAAUUGUAUCAGAAAGUAUUGGUGAUAUAGAAGAUCGACAUUUCAGGAAAUCGAAUGGGCCCUCAAAGUUACUUGUGAGGCUUGUGUCGCUGCUACCAUCAUCAAGUUUGCGCAUACUGUGGACAGCUGGAGCCGAAGCAGCAGCUGCGGGAGGCAGAGAGCUCCCGGCUGGCCCUGUUUUCGUUACGAAGGUAACAUUUCGGCCAACCAUAUGGUGGGGACGAGAUCGCGCAUGCAAGACGAGGUACUUGCCGAAGCCGCAAGCAGCUACCAGUCUCUCCAAAUUGAUGUUCCCUGAAUCAUUCUGACUAGCCUGGGCCGCUCUGGCUCUUCCUGCUUCUUCUGCCUCCGCAUGUGACUGGCCUUGACGCUGAAAACUGUUCAUGGUUUCGACCUGGAAGGCACCCAGUUGAUUCUGGCGAACCCCUCCAGGGACGGCUGCUUGGUUUAGAUUUGCAUUGCUGGGAGCUCGAGCAACGUUUUCGAUGGCAGCAUCGCCUGCUCGAUUCAUUGAAGAAGGCUCUUGCACGGCAAGCAAAGUCGACACGGGUUUGCCCACGGCAGCGUGUGCAUCGAUGCCCGUCAGUCGAGUGUAGGCCGCGUUCGUGUGUACCACAAGGAACGGUGGACCAGCUUGGAUGACCAUUCUGAUCGUGAACAAAAGAUUGGCAUAAUAGCAAAAAGACAAGUCAGGAAACAUGUUUUCAUCUUGUCGUCCUCGACAAUAUAUAAUAGUAUCUGCUGCAGCUUACCUUGCAAUCUUCGUGAAUGACAAGACUUUGUCGAGCGUAACAGGUCUGCCCG